AUGGUCCAUGAGCAGAUGAAGCUUAACGGCACCCUUGAGGGCCACACCGGAUGGGUCACUCAAAUUGCUACUUUUACUCGUGAUGACAAGACGACCGUCAUUUCCUCCUCUCGCGGUAUGUUUUAAAAUUGAUUUUAUUUCUAUUAAGUAGUUUUUUUUGAUUACCAUUUGUUUUUCUUCGUUAAACGGAAAAUAAUGGGAAGAUUUUUUUAUGCCAUGCUCAAAGUGGUUCCGCCAAACUCAAAAUAGCCCUCAGAAAAAGAAAAGUAUAACUAAAUUUUGGAGAGUCAGAUCAUUUUGCAUUUCGCGUAAAUUACUUUAAACGCGGCAUUAACAGUUUAGAGUUGAGGAAAGAUUUUUUUUUUUUUUUGAAAUUUUUUUGUUAAAUAUAUUUGUUCAUAUUUUUAUAUCCUUGCGACGACCAACGAGUUCCUCAAUAGUUUGUUCAGAUUUUAAAUUUCAAUUGGCUAAUUCCGCCCCUGUUGAGACGAUGCCUUUUCGCGUCGAUGUUUUUUCGCGCGGGACGGUUUUUAACCUUUUUGUUCUAAAACAUAGAAAAACAAGUCGAAAAAUGCAGUCAUAUUGAAGGUUCAUCGUCAUCUGGAAAUAGAACAUCGACGCGAAAGAUUGAGGGUGGAGUUAGAUACUUGAAACUCAAAAUCUGAACAGACUAUUAUAAUUGUUCAUUCAUUUUAGUUUCUGCUCGUUUGUCUCAGCAGAGUUUUGAUUCCGAUAUAUAUAUAUUUUUUUCCUAAAGAAUGAUACUUUUAAGACAAGACUAUCCUCGUUUGGGAUGUUGACAGCAACCCUUCUGAGGAUGGCCAGAUCGGCCGACCGAUGCGAUCGCUUACUGGCCAUAACCACUUCGUUUCUGACGUUGUUAUCUCCUCCGAUGGACAGUUCGCUCUUUCCGGAUCGUGGGACAAGACGCUGCGCCUCUGGGAUCUUAACCAGUUAGUGACAUCACUUUAAUUUUAAACUUUAAUUUCAUAUUACUUAUAGCGGUGUGAGCACUCGCCAGUUCAUUUCUCACACCAAGGAUGUUCUUUCUGUGGCCUUCUCGGCUGACAACCGCCAGAUUGUUUCUGGGUCCCGCGACAAGUCGAUCAAGCUCUGGAACACCCUUGCGCAGUGCAAGUACACCAUCACUGUGAGUGAUCAUUUUUUGAUAUUUGUGACAUUGCAUUGUUGAUUUUAAAUUAUUUUUUCAAACUAUCGGUUUCACUAAAGUUGGAAAAUAUACCAUUUUCAGUUUCUUCAUAGUUUUUGUUUAAUUUCAUCGAAUUCUCUUUCCGAAUGUAACCUUUUUUAUCAUUUGGUUUUGGUAGUUUAUAACCUAUUCAAAAUUUAUGAAGGACGUAGUUGUCGAAGUGAGAAAGAUUUUAGUUUUUUUUUUGUUUGAAAACAAUGGUACGUUGAAAAGAGCAAAGGAAAGUGUAGUUUUACGACGAUUCCUUUAGUGAAGAAAAGCUCUCAAAAAAAAAUUACAUUUUCUGUUUUUUUUUUUCAAAUCAAUGAAAUCUGCUUCAAUAUACUUUGGAUUUUUCAACUCUAAUAUUUAUAAAAUUUAAUUUCAUAAGAGCAUAAUUUAAGGCCUUUAAGAUAAUUAAAGUUGAUAAUUCAUAAGAUAAUAAUGUAAUUUUUCUUUUUAGGAAGACUGCCACACCGAUUGGGUUUCGACUGUCCGCUUCUCCCCCUCCAACCGCGAUCCAGUGAUUGUCUCUGCUGGUUGGGAUAAGAUCGUCAAGGUCUGGAACCUCGGAAACUGCCGCCUGAAGACCAACCACGUCGGCCACACCGGAUACGUCAACACUGUCACCGUUUCUCCUGAUGGAUCUCUGUGCGCCUCUGGUGGAAAGGACGGUCAGGCUAUGCUGUGGGAUCUCAACGAAGGCAAGCACUUGUACACGCUCAAUGGCAACGAUGUCAUCAACGCCAUGUCAUUCUCGCCUAACCGAUACUGGCUUUGCGCUGCUGUCGGACCAGUCAUCAAGAUCUGGGAUCUUGAAGACAAGAAGGAAAUUGAUGAGCUCAGACCAGACGUCACCGGAAAGGGAGGAUCUUCUGCUCCACAAUGUAUUUCCCUGGCCUGGUCUCAAGAUGGUCAAACACUGUACGCUGGAUACACUGACAAUGUUAUUCGCGUAUGGCAAGUUUCUGUUCGAUCGGUUGUUUAA